AUGACACGCCAAGCUACACUCUACAGUCUCCUGGCAAGCUCAGCAAUUGCUGCCGGGGCAUGGACUCCAAACCAUAUCAAAGACCUGAACCAGACUCUUGGUGGUAGAGUGCAAGUCCUUGAGCCCUUAGCACGGCCCUGUUUCUCCAUAUACGAAGGCAAGAAUGCCCGCCGAGAUGACGCAAAAUGCAGCCAAAUUCAGAACAACUAUUUGUCUUCCCUCUUCCGCAACCAAUUUCCCGGUGCCUACAUGUACGAAGAAUCGUCCAUGUGUGCCUCCAACAAGAGCUCCACGGACAAAUGUCUCCUAAACCCAGCCAGUCCCAAAGACGAAGGCGCAUAUACCGGCAUCAGCUGCAACCAGGGAAACGUUCCCGCGUACUUCAUCGAGGUCCGUGAUGACAACGACGUGACCCAAGCAUUCAAAUACGCCAAGAAAUGCGGUGGUAAACUGGCCAUCAAGAACAGCGGGCACAGUUUCCAAGAAGACUCUAGCCAAAAAGGCGCCCUCAUGCUAUGGACGCGUAACCUACGAUCGUUAAAGCGCAACCAACACUUUGUUCCCGAAGGAUGUUCCGCCCAUGAUACAUACAACACCAUUACCACUGGUGCAGGAGUCAACUGCGGCGAGGCAUACGAAUACGCCGACAAGAACAAUGCCACUAUUUUGUGCGCAUACUCACCAACCGUCGGUCUCUCAGGCGGCUGGGUCCAAAACGGCGGCCACUCGGUCAUGAGCACCGCCCUCGGCCUGGGAGCUGACCGCGUUGUACAAUUCACCGUGGUUACGCCUGACGGAACUGUUCGUGUAGCAAACAAGUGCAAGAAUACCGAUCUGUUUUGGGCGCUUCGCGGCGGAGGAGGCGGCACUUUUGGUGUGGUUAUUGACUCUACACAUCGUGUUGAGCCGAGGAUCCCAAUUGGUGUGGCAUCAAUCGGCAUUGACGCGAGCAACAAGGACGCCGUCUACGGCUUCAUGGAGACAUUGGUCGACACGGCAAUCGACUUGGCCAAGGACGGCUGGGGCGGCCACAUCUACGGCAACAAGAUCGUAUACGUGACGCCCACAAUCAACGACCUAGCCAAGGCGAAAAAGUCCAUGGACAAGAUCACCCAAUACACCCUCAAGAAUGGCGGCACAGCAAACGUCACCAUCGCACCCAGCUUCUACAACUUCUUCGAGGAGUACGUCCUCAGCGGUGCAUUCAGCGUCGGAACCAUGAGCAUCCUCAACACGCGUCUCAUGCCGUCCACUGUAUUUUCCACGCCCCAGCUAUCCAACAACUUCAAGAAACACCUGCGCGAGUUCGUCAACGCCGGUGGCCUGCCGUACGUCCCCGUCGUAGGACCCUACAUGUACAAGGACGCCACGAAAGGCACGUCCAUGCAGCCGGCGUGGAAGACUGCUCUCUGGGAGUACGGCAAUCCCGCGUCAUGGACGUGGAACAGUACGCUCGACCAGAGAAUCCAGGUCGUCAAGGAUAUGCAGAAGGCGACUGCGGAGCUGGUGUCGCUGACUCCUGGUGGUGGGACGUACCGCAACGAGGGUAACCCGUUUAAUCCUGAUUGGAGGCGCGAGUACUACGGUGCUCCGUAUGAUAGGUUGCUGCAGAUUAAGAGGAAGUAUGAUCCGGGGAAUCUGCUGCGGUGUUGGAAGUGUAUCGGUUGGACUGAUGAUGAUGCGAGGGAGUCUUGCUAUAGUGCGUUUGAGGGGCUUUAA